AUGACACACGCUUUAGCAAGCCUCCCAAUAAUCGACAUCGCGCCGUACUUCGAGGCUCAACGUGAUCUGACGAAAUGCCAGUCCACAUCAGACGCGUUACACAAUGCUUGUCUCGAGUACGGGUUCUUCUAUCUAGACAUUUCACAGUUCAUAGAUCCCUCAGAGCCUGAGGAGUUGACCCGGCUAGCUAGAGAAUUCUUCACACUGCCACAGGAGGAGAAGGAUAAGAUUGGCCUGGAGCACCAGGAUUAUGCUAGAGGAUACCAAAGGCUCAAGCAGAAUGUGACUAACGGCAAGGCGGAUAACCACGAAGGAAUCGAUUUCUACAAGCCUGUUGAGAACUCAGACAAAUCCAAACCACUGUGGGGGGAGAAUCAAUGGCCUGAUGUCCCUGGAUUCCAGCUUAAAUACGAGCAAUGGAUCCAGAAGAUGAAGAAGCUUGGGCUCGUCGUUAUGGAGGCGAUGUCUGUUGGACUCAAGAUGACAACGGAAGAAUGGAUGGAGUUACGAGCUCAAGUAGACGAUAGCUUCUGGGUAAUGCGAACCAUCGGUUAUCCUCCACUUCCAAAUGACCACGAUGGCUUCUCCUGCGGAGCACACAAAGACUAUGGCUGCCUAACCUUCCUACAUGCUGAUCCUACUCGAAGUGCUCUACAAGUGUUCUUGCGACAAUCAGGCACGACAACAAUUGAUCCAGAGGGCCUGCCAGCAGAGCAUGGUACGGAAGAAGGAAUAUGGAUAAACGCAGAUCCUGUUCCCAAUUGUGUCGUUUGUAAUAUCGGCGAGAUGUGGGAGAUCUGGACAAACGGAUUGUACAAAAGCACGCUGCACAGAGUGGUCCACAGAGGAUCGAAUUAUCGGAUACCGUUCUUUUUCGAGCCCAACUUCACCGCAAAUGUUGCUCCACUUCCAGCAGCUCUGCGUCUUAUGCCUUCUAAAGAUAAAGAGGCGUCUUCAAACGAAGGACAGACCUACAAACCUGUUGUAUAUGGGGAGUUUUUGCUAAGGAAAGUUGAUAACAAUUUCGCAUUAGACGGUAAAGGGAAGUAUGACUAG